AUGGGAGUGACGAAACCCGGAAAUGUGAAAAAAGUCUAUAGUAAAAGUUUGUGGUUGCUGUACACAGGAAAGAACGUGGUGCAUCAGUUGACCGUGUCUUUGGAGGACCUUUAUAAUGGAGCCACCAGGAAACUUGCUGUCCAGAAGAAUGUAAUCUGUGACAAAUGUGAAGGUCGUGGAGGCCGUAAAGGAGUGAUAGAAGUGUGUCCUUUGUGUCGUGGGGUGGGUGUCCAGGUCAGACUACAUCACUUAGCACCUGGCAUGGUGCAACAGAUAUCAACAGUCUGUUCCGGCUGUCAGGGGCAAGGUCAGCGACUUGGUCACCGCGACCGCUGCAAAACAUGCGCUGGUCGCAAGAUACUACGACAGAAGAAGAUUCUUGAUGUGCACAUUAAUAAAGGUAUGAAAGAUGGACAGAAAAUAGUGUUCCAUGGGGAGGGCGACCAGGAGCCUGGCCUUGAACCUGGAGACAUUAUUAUUGUCUUGGAUCAGAGAGCACACCCGGUUUUCACCAGACAAGCAGAGGACCUCAUCAUGAACAUGGAGCUACAGUUGGUAGAGUCAUUAUGUGGUUUUCAAAAACCUGUUAAAACACUGGACAACAGAACUCUACUCAUCACAUCCCAUCCAGGGGAGUUGAUCAGACCUGGGGAUAAGAAAUGUGUUCUGAAUGAGGGGAUGCCAAUGCACCGUCGGCCAUUUGAGAAAGGGAAACUCAUUAUCCUUUUCAGCGUUGUCUUCCCUGAAGAGAGCUUCCUCCCAUUAAACAAACUAAAGGAAUUAGAAAGGUACUUACCUGAAAAACAGGCAAAUAUUGAGCCUGACGGCAUGGAUGAUGACCUCUAUAUAUACGCUGACCUUGAAGACUGUGAUCUGACCCAUGAACGCCACCAUUACCACUAUAUAGAGGAGGAAGACUUUAACCCAUCUGGAGGUGUCCAGUGCCAAACCUCGUAGAGAUUCCUGUUCCCUUACCCUCCCUUCCACAAUAAAUGCCACCUCUGCUGGAACACAAGGAAAAGGACCAAGAGGGAAAACGUUAUUUACCUCUCAACUAGUUCUGUGCCUAGAAUAAGACCUCUUAGUGCCGACCUCUUGUGUCAUUGUUUGGAAGAAACUCCUCGUCCAAAAUUUUGAGCAAAUAAUUUGUGAAAUAGACUCUCCCUUCAAUUGAAACUAUGGCACCAGUCUCACAACUCAUUUUAAACAUCCCCUGAGUUUAUGGAAAUGUGUGUAGCAGUUACAGUGGAAAUGGGACAUUCGGGUCAAGUUGGUUGUGCCAUAAUCCCAGAAAAUUUCAUCUCUAAAAUGUAUUUACUUUGAAAAUCUAAUUUACAUCAUCAGUUUGAGAAAACAUUACAAUCUUUGUGGUGUUUUGUUUAUUGCCAGUUAAUUGUGGUUUACAUGCAAGACAUGUUUGAUCUUGAUGUUGUUGGAAAUUUGCUUUGUGCCAGUUUAUUCCUAAAUGUUUUUCUAGAACAUUUUAAACUAAUAAGAGGGUUAAUUAAGUUUAAAAUACAUUUGAAAUUGUGGUAUUUCUAAAGAAGAGGAACAUCUUGUUCAAAAUGAUGGCAGACUGUGAUGCAUUUCUUAAAAGCCUUAUUUUGUAGAGUGAUAUUAGUUGGCUUCUUAAUUGAUUGGUAUUAUUAUUAUUUUCGUUUUUUGCAAGCAGGCAAGUCUUAUAUUUGAUUAUCUGUGUUGACUGACGAUUAAUUGAAAAAUUUGGAAUUUUAAUUAUGACCAAUAACUGCCAUUUGUAGUUCUAUUUAUAAAAUAAAUGUCACAAUGUUAUUCAUUUAGCCACUUUUGUAUUUUUGGGGUCUGGGGGAAUUGAAUGUUUGGCUAAUUAUGCCAAAAUUUGG